UGAGUGAAGAACAAAGGCGAAAGGAAACAUGGUACGAACACCUUGUUGUGAUACGAGCGGACUAAGGAAAGGAACCUGGACCCCCGAGGAAGAUCGGAAACUGAUCGCCUAUGUCUCCCGAUACGGCUGCUGGAAUUGGCGACAACUCCCCAAGUACGCAGGUCUGCAAAGAUGUGGGAAGAGUUGCAGGCUGCGAUGGUUGAAUUAUUUAAGGCCGAACAUCAAAAGAGGGAAUUACAGCAUCGAAGAAGAAGAAACAAUCAUCAGAUUACAUGAGAAACUAGGCAACAGGUGGUCCGCCAUUGCUGCGCAGUUACCAGGUCGAACAGACAACGAGGUGAAGAAUCAUUGGCACACGAAUCUAAAGAAACGCUUCAAGGACAAGCCUUUGGAAUCCAAAGAUGACGGUAAAAAAGAAUCAGCUGAAGGGAACAAGCGUGGUAAAAGUAAAGAGAAAGAAGAAACAAAGCUAAACGAUCAUAAUCUUCCGUUAAUUCUUGAAAGCUCACAAUCGUAUUCGCCCCAAGAACUAGCUUCAAGCGAUCAAUCCUCCUCCAUAAACAAAUAUAAUACGGUGGAAUCCAGCAAAGAGUCAGUUACAGAUGAUGAUAACAGCAACAAAGCUUCGUCUUCGUUUGAAGCAUACGAGGUAGAUAGUGGAAGUUUCUGGUCGGAACCCUUUUUCUGGGAAAAUUCUAAUAUGAUUACCAGUAGUACUUCAGAUUCUUCUGGCUAUGAAUUUGCUGAGUUUCCGUUUCUUUACGAAGAAAUGGAUUUCUAUGAUCAGCUGGAUGGCUUCUACUUCUAAUUAAAUCGAUCAAACCAGCUUCAUGGGUAAUUUUAUCUGAGUUAU